GGAACGAAACGGUUUAGUUAUUUAUACACGGGGGACACAAACUGAAAUGGAGCUCUGGUUGCAAACUCUACCACUUACCUCCUUUUCUAAGAAUUGUUACUCCAAGCUUCAAAAUGCAUUUGAGAGAAAUUCUAGUUUUCCAUUUUAUGUGAAGUCAAAAGAACCACGGGACAGGAGAUCCAUAAUAUCUUCUGCACUACCAGAAACUGCUGCCUCUGUUGCAGUUGCUGCCACAGUUGUAGGUGCAGCGGCUACAUUUCUAGUGAGGAGAACCAAAGCUUCUGAAGCAACUGAGGUUCCUUUACAAAUUUGUGAAGACUGUAGUGGUUCUGGUAUUUGUUCUGAAUGCAAUGGCGAAGGAUUUGUGCUUAAGAAACUGUCGGACAAAGGCGCUGAGAGAGCCAGAAUGACUGCAAAGAAUAUGGCCACUAGAUACACAGCAGGGCUUCCUAAGAAAUGGAGCUACUGUACAAAAUGCUCUUCUGCCCGAUCUUGUAGUUCCUGUGGUGGCAGUGGGAAGCUUAGCUACUAAUUUACUCUGAUAUUUCGUUGAUCCUGAUAUGAGAUUAAAGCUCUCAGAUUGGCUUAGCUGCAUUGUGAAAAACACAGUUGAGGAUCGAGUGUGAGUUCAAGCUUCAUUGUGGGCAUUUCUAUUCCUGAUGAUCGAGUGUGAGUUCAAGCUUCGUUGUGGGCAUUUCUAUUCCUGAUUGAUGUAUAAAUAUUUUCGUUGGAAUUGUACCCUUUAUGCAAUAUAAUAAUAUUACAUUUUUCAGCAAUUAAUUUAAUGCUGCUAUUAUCUAUUUUGAACA